GCAUUUUUUGUGCCCCUCACUAAGAUUCAGAACUUGAAAUUGUCUCAAAUUCCUACUUCUUCCACCCCAUUGUCCCCCAAUUUGAAGUUACCUUUUGUUUUGGGUGAUUGUUUUCAGUUCAGAAUUCACCCCAACCCCCCAAGGAACGAACGCCAGAUACAUACAAAACAAAACAAAAAUCAGUCAGAUGAUAAGCUAAGCAUCAAUGAGCCAGAGUUUUUAGCCGGAUAUAAAGGACAAGUAUGGAGUUGCCGGAGCUGAGAAAUCCGCCCCAAAAUCAAAUGUGAUAUUGUCCACAAUCCAACUAUUCAACAUGAGGAAGAAUAAUUUUCUACAAGACGAGGAAAGCCGCUUGGACUUGGCCCGGACUAAAUUUGCAAGUGUGCUUAAAAGGCAUGGAGAAUUAGCAGAACGGCUUUCCAGGGACUCUGAUAAGAUGGUCUUUGAGCGUUUACAGAGAGAAUUUGAAGCUGCUCGGGUUUCUCAGACACAAGAAAUAUGUUUAGAUGGUGAGCAGUGGAAUGAUGGAUUGUUGGCUACAAUUAGGGAGCGGGUUCAUAUGGAGGUUGAAAGGAAAACAAUGCAAUUACCUGGAGAAGUAAGCAUGAUGACUAAUCAACUUCCUUUUCAUGAUAAAGUAACCUACAAAGUAGCUAACAAGGUGAUCUGCUGCUUGGGGGGAGCAAGAAUUGGCAUUCUGUACGAGACGUCGUUCGCAGGAGAACCUUGCGAGGUGUUCCACUGCGUGCUUGAGAGCAAGUCCUUUCUUGAGAAGAUGACUGUCGUUGAGCAUACUGUGCCUUUUUUCUUGCCAAUACGUGAAGCAGAAAAUGAAUUCCUUUCUUCUAAUGCUAUGAAAUUCAUAGAUCAUGUUGGAGAAUUAUUGCAGGCAUUUGUUGAUCGACGGGAACAGGUGCGCCUCAUUAAGGAGCUGUACGGAAAUCAAAUUAAAGAGCUUUAUAAUAGUCUUCCGUACCACUUGGUUGAAUUCGUCAUUGAUGAUUACAAUUGUAAAGUGACUGUAAGUCUUAGAUACGCGGAUCUUGUGUCUAUACUUCCAACUGCAGUUAGUGUGCUCGCAUGGCCAAAGCAGAGUGAUUCUCUCACAAUGACGACGGUAAUGAGCAGGAGGAGUACUAAUAAGUUCGUUCCAGAACGGUUGUCUUAUGCAGAGGACGCAUUGAAAAUAAUGAGUUUACCAGAAGCGUAUGCAGAGAUUGUUUUGAACCUUUCUCAAGCCCUCCAGGAGAUAUUUUCUCCUGAUUCUUCUUCAGCGUAGCCGUAUGUCUCUUACCCUUCGUCAUUUGUAUAGAAUGCUGAGAAAAUGUAGAUAGAAAGGCAGUGUCAGGGAAAAACUUUAAUUCAUUUCGCAGUCAGAGGGGUGACGUCCAUGUUCUUCUCAACUCACUUUUUUAAUAUGAUUACAAUGCUGUCUUAAGAGGAGAAGAAAACCUGCAACUUUUUUAUUUUAUUUUUUUUUGGGCGUUGAAAUUGUCUCCAAAGGUUAGACUUUAAAUUGCUCAUUUGGCGUUUAGAGUGAACAUGAUGUUGUAUUGUUAUAAAGAGUGAAGGUUAUUUUUGUUUGAUAUGCUACGCUUCUUGAAUGGAACUAAAUUUAAAUGUUUCACAAUUA